AUGGCUGGCCGCAAGACAUUAUUGGCACCCAUCCACUUCAUCUUCAGCCUGCUGCAGAAGCGCAGCACGGUGUCCAUCUGGCUGUACGAGCAGCUGGCUUUCCGGAUCGAGGGCAAGAUCAGGGGCUUUGAUGAGUUUAUGAACCUGGUCAUUGAUGAUGCGGUCGAGGUGCGCCUGCCGACCAAGAGUGAGGAGGAGAAGCGGAGGCCGCUCGGCCAGAUCCUGCUCAAGGGCGACAAUGUCUCCCUGAUCCAAGCUGUUUGA